AAAUGCUGUCCGUUAUUCAUUACGUCAGCGGCGUCUUCCACGAAACUCUAAAAUCAAGCUAAGGUCUUCUGUGACUAGCUCAGUGAAUUGAAGAAAUAAUUGUUGAAAGUAUCAAAAUGGUGAAAUACGCAAUUGAUUGCGAAAUGGUAGGAAGCGGGAACAAGAGCAUCCUGGCAAGAGUUUCCAUCGUCAAUGAAAAUGGAAUGACUGUGCUGGACGAAUAUGUGAAACCCACAGCGCAGGUGACCGACUACAGGACCUGCGUGAGCGGCAUCAAGCGUACUAACCUGCAAAACGGCCGAGAAUUUUCCACGAUAAAACAAAAGGUGCAAUCGCUUAUCAGCGGUUGCAUUUUAAUUGGGCACUCCCUCCAUUUUGACCUUGAUGCUUUGGGCCUGUCUCACCCGGAACACAUGCGGCGCGACUUGGCUCAAUAUGAACCAUUUAAAAGGUUGAACAACGGGCAACCCGCUUCGCUACAAUUCCUGGCCAGGCAAUACUUGGGAAGAUACAUUCAGGAGGGAGAGCAUGACUCCGUGCAGGACGCCAAAGCCUGCAUGGACAUUUACCGCCAAGUGGCCAGCAACUGGGAGCGCCUCUAUUAAUAAGAAUAUAAUACCUACUUAAUUUUUGAAUAAUAAUGCCCAGUGUUGU